AUGAAUCCAUUUGAGUCAACAACAUUCGGCAAUUCGCUAUCCUUAAGAGUGGAUGGCGCUAUUGGCGCCAUGUCUCUUUCGCCGAACGGCCGAGACGCAGUUUUGGCUGGAAGAAAGGGACUAUUUGUUAUAGACCUUGAUGAUCCAUUCUUAGCACCUCGAUGGCUACAUCAUAUAACAUCGUGGGAGGUCGCUGAUGUCCAAUGGUCACCACAUCAAACUGUCAAACCAUCUUGGUGUGUAUCGACCUCAAAUCAAAAGGCAUUGUUGUGGGACUUAUCGAGACCUUCAAAUAAUGCUAUACAAAAUGUUCUUCAUAGACACGUGCGGGCUAUCACCGACAUCAAUUUCCAUCCAAAAGACCCUGAGCUACUAGCUACAUGCUCAAUUGAUACUUUCGUUUAUUGUUGGGAUAUGAGGACACCGCGACGGCCGGUUGCCAAAUGGGCGGAAUGGAGAGCCGGAGCUACGCAAGUGAAAUGGAACAAGAAUGAUCCUUAUCAAAUAGCAUCCAGUCAUCACCACAGUUUCUACAUUUGGGAUUCAAGAAAGGGGGCAUUGCCCUUGUUGACAAUCGAGAACGCCCACCAUGGUAAAAUCAACGGAUUGGAUUUUAGUUCGAGCGAAAAUCGCUUGAUAACAUGCUCCAAUGAUAAGUCCGUGAAAAUCUGGAACCUAGAUCGUGAUUGGAGCCAAGAGUUAAAACCAGCUGUUGUUGUAGAGGCCGAGUUUCCGAUCGCGAGGGCCCGCUCGCUUCCAUUCGGUGAUGACGAUUGUUGCGGUAUCAUGCCUGUUCGUGGUGGCAACAAUGCAAUUCAUUUUUUGAACUAUAGCAAAGCGCAGGUAGAGUCAAAAGAUGCAAAUCAAGUUGUGUACAUGAAACUCGAAACGGAGGUCCUGUUUAAGGGCCAUCAUGGUCCCGUGAAGGACUUUUUGUGGAGGGUGCAGCAUGAGCAAUAUACUGAGCAUCAAAAGAAGGACAGCUGGAAGGACUUUCAAUUAGUGACCUGGUCACCUACAGAUUAUGAUUUGAAACUAUGGCCCAUUGAUAAAAAACUAUAUGAAUUGGCAAACUACAAUCCUCAACACAAACGUGAUAUGGCAGUUUUCGAAAGCUCUGAUGUAAUUCUGUCUGCCAAUGAAGGGGAAAACACCAGUUCAAGCGAGACGAAGCAAAUCCCCACAAACCCAAUGUCAUACAACUCGUACAUUACCGAGCCUGAAACUUCACUCAAAGACCUUAUGAAAGUCACUAAUGAAGAUUUACUUUCGCGACUCGCGCUAUUUGAAAUUAAGAAAAUGGAAGAGCAGGAGAAUUCAUCAGCCGUCAUGAAUCACUUGAACUGGAUUUCAGGUGUCCGUAUGGGUACAAAGACUUCAUCUAGUGAUGAUGUGACACCAAACUCAACGGAGGGUCCAAGAAGCGAUGGUCCAACAAAUUUGGGCGAGGAAAUCAGUAUUGUGGGGCAUAAAUUUCCUAAGAUCAGGUUUGAAAAGAUUUCUGUUUCGACGGGCAACAUCAUUCUCUCUUUGAGAGGUCCGGUUCCUACUAAUUCGGACGAGGAUCGAGCUUCGUUUCAGGAAACUAACAAAGCGACAGAGACUUCAACAGCAGCAGAUCUAUCAUCGACGCAAAAGCUGGCUAAUGCGGCACUGGGUGAUAAAUCAAGCGGGCGGCCUAUUGCAGAUAAUUCAAACAACAUCUCGCUCACAACUGAGAAAGGACUUAACCAGGAAACUUCAGCUCAAAAGGGUGCUUCUAAAGUUCAGGACGUUGAUGAUCAUACAAACACGCAAAAUGACUUAUCAAAUUCCAAGAUACAGGAUUUAAGUACGGAGAACAAGUUGAUUUUCAUAAGACUUGAGAUUAGAUUUCCCAAACAGUACCCGCAUGUUGCACCAUCUGAGCAAAUAUCAAGGCUGAAACGGCAUCCAAGGCAGAAAAAGUCUCAGAGCGUUCGAUUCUUCAUAGAGGAAACACAUGAAUUGAACAAUGAUAUGAAAACCAUCAUGCUUCACAAUUUGGGGAAAAUUUCUCAUUUUUACACUACCAAGUAUAACAGGUACUGUCUCGAACCUUGUUUGCGAUAUCUUCUAGGAGAUAGAAUUGAUCUAGAUGAUUCAUUGAUGUUGUCUAGUGAGACAAGGCUUCUGAAUGGUAUUGAAGAGCUGGGAGAGAUUUUCGGGGAACCAUUUGAUCGCGCUGGUAGCGCUCAAAUUGAACUGUCUCAGUUGGAUGGUGAAAUGAAAUUUGCUGAAAAUAUUAUCCCAGAUUCUGCGCUAUCUACUGGCAUGACAAAUCCUCUUUUGUUCUCCAAGAAUUCAGAGAAUGACGUUGAGGAUGAAGAAGAUGAUGAUUAUCAUGAUGAAGAUUUAAUUUCAGGAGUAGAUGAUGAUCUCGCAAUUGGAAACGACAUUUUUGGAGAUAUGAAUAAAUUUAAUGAUGAUUCACGGCUCAAGCUUAAGAACAUCAAGCACAAUAUUACUCCACUUCCAAAAGCAUGCAGCGGUGUUUGGGCUCGUUCCGGAAAGCUAGUCUGUUUCUUUGGCUCUGGGAAUGGCCACGUGGAUAAUAAAAGAGAAGUUCUGGAUCAGAAACUAAUAAUGAGUGGAGCAACAACUGUGCCUCAAAAUGAAAAACUUUCUGUCCCAGAACCAAUCAUGGGAUUGCGUAAACUCGACUCAGUUGCUGCAGAUACAAGAGAUUUACCUGGUAUUGUCAAGGCUUUGAGCAGUGAUCCUCUUACUGACGAAGAAAGCUCGCAAUCUUCCGAUGACUACUCUGAUGAUUGGGAAGAAGUUCUACGUGAUGAUAUGAAACAUCAUUGCAACAUUCCAACGACUUUUAAAGAUAGCUUCACUUUGGGAAGAAUGAAGGUGCCUAGGAGCUCCAAAAACUCAUUUACACAAAGAAUGAGCGGAAAGGGUACCACCUCUGUAUCUUCAUUUGUAGAUGACAUUACGCUGAGAUCAACAAAGAAGAACAAACGGGAUAACAAUUACAAGCACUACAUUCGAGUUCAUGACAUGAGCCAUUUAAUUCCUGAUAAACCUGAAUUUGCGAGAGCAUGUCAAGUUUCUGGCCCAAGUAUGAGUACUGUGGCAGCACACAAUAGCAGAGUGACUCAAGAAAAUGGUUUUGAAGAUAUUGCUGAAUGCUGGAAAAUUAUCGAAAUGCUACUCACAACAUCUUAUCAACAGCAAAAUCUUAUUGAGGCAAUGGAAAUGAAUCAAUUCUUUAAUCUCAAUUGGGGCUACCACCCUUUUGGUCAUUCAUGGCUAGUGAAAAUGCUCUUCGAAUACUUUGAGCGGAGAAAUAACUUGCAAAUGCUUGCUAUGAUGGCGUGCGUUUUACAUGAAGGUGAUCAGAAAAAUGAAGCUCAAACUGUAGCUGGUGGAUUGAAUGAGGGAAUUCAAGGAUUGGGUCAUUGCGAGUCUCUUAUAGGCUACAAUGAGGAGUUCGCGAAGAACUCCAUGAGUCAAUCAGUCACCUCAAGAUCAAAUUCUCUUGUGAAUGAAAGAGGAGUCUUUGCCUACAAUCCUAACUUAAUGAGAAAAUCAUACGAUGCUGGUUCUGUUUCUAAUCAUAUCAUGGGCAACAGAGCCACUUCAGAUAGACGAUUGUUGGAUUCUCAAAAAAACGCAAAGAAACUCAAUGUCUUGAAGAAUCAAGGUAAAGUUCAACGGACCCUGAAUCCUAGGCCUACUAGGAAAGAACGCUCGAAACCUACGGUAUCUGUUUCAAUACGAAUGACAAACUCAGCCGAGUUUGAUCUUGGGUAUGGAUCCCAGAAGUCGCGACUCUUAGAUGGUAUCGACGAAGAUUCUAUUUUGAAUUAUAGGCGAAAAUACGCGGAAUUACUUUACUCUUGGGACCUUCCUUAUGAGCGGAUUCAAAUGCUCAAAUUCAAUUUUGAGGGAAGUGAAUUAAGCGAAUCAAUUCCACAUACUCGAGAGUUCUCCUGCUACUACGGUAUUAGAAACAGGAAAGUAUUUGACGAAAAACUGAGCUUGUUGGAUCCAAUUUCUCCUGUACAAACUGCUACCUCCAAUUCGUGGAAUAGUCCAAAAAGAAAUAAGAUUCAGUAUUGUUCACUUUGCAACUUAGUGGCAUCUAAACGAAUUCUCUUCUGUCUCAAUUGUGAGCAUGUCCUACAUUUUGGUUGCGCAGCAAGCUGGUGGAAUAGUGGUGAAGAUGAUGAUCAAACAUGUCCUACAGGUUGUGGAUGCGAUUGUGCCUCCAGCAACUCAGUGUUCAACGAGAUUAAAUCUUUCUAG